CCCCCGAGCACCCCGGGCUAUGGCCGGAGCCCGCCCGCCGCCGGGGCUUCUGCCACUGCUCGCUCCGCUGCUGCUGCCGCUGCUGCUGUCCGCCGGCUGUUGGGCGCUGGAAGAGACCCUCAUGGACACAAAAUGGGUGACAUCUGAGCUGGCAUGGACAGCUCACCCAGAAAGUGGGUGGGAAGAAGUGAGUGGCUACGAUGAAGUCAUGAACCCCAUCCGCACGUAUCAGGUGUGUAAUGUGCACGAGUCCAGCCAGAACAACUGGCUCCGCACGGGCUUUAUCUGGCGGCGGGAAGUGCAGCGUGUCUACGUGGAGCUCAAGUUCACCGUGCGAGACUGCAACAGCAUCCCCAACAUCCCUGGCUCCUGCAAGGAAACCUUCAACCUUUUCUACUACGAGGCCGAUAGCGAUGUGGCUUCGGCCUCCUCUCCCUUCUGGAUGGAGAACCCCUACGUGAAAGUGGACACCAUUGCCCCGGAUGAGAGCUUCUCACGGCUGGACGCCGGGCGCAUCAACACCAAGGUGCGCAGCUUCGGGCCGCUUUCCAAGGCCGGCUUCUACUUGGCCUUCCAGGACCAGGGUGCCUGCAUGUCCCUCAUCUCCGUGCGAGCCUUCUACAAGAAGUGUGCGUCCACCACUGCAGGCUUCGCCCUCUUCCCCGAGACCCUCACGGGGGCUGAGCCCACGUCGCUGGUCAUUGCCCCCGGCACCUGCAUCGCUAAUGCUGUGGAGGUAUCGGUACCACUCAAGCUCUACUGCAAUGGCGACGGCGAGUGGAUGGUGCCCGUUGGUGCCUGCACCUGUGCUACUGGCCACGAGCCAGCUGCCAAGGAGUCCCAGUGUCGCGCCUGUCCCCCUGGGAGCUAUAAGGCAAAGCAAGGGGAGGGGCCCUGCCUCCCCUGUCCCCACAAUAGCCGCACCACCUCGCCAGCUGCCAGCAUCUGCACCUGCCAUAGUAACUUCUACCGUGCGGACUCAGACUCGGCAGACAGCGCCUGCACCACCGUGCCAUCUCCACCCCGGGGCGUAAUCUCCAAUGUGAAUGAGACCUCGCUGAUCCUCGAGUGGAGUGAGCCCCGGGACCUUGGUGGACGGGAUGACCUCCUUUAUAACGUCAUCUGCAAGAAGUGCCGUGGGAGCCCUGGGGUCGGGGGUCCCGCAACCUGCUCACGCUGUGAUGACAACGUGGAGUUUGUGCCUCGGCAGCUGGGCUUGACAGAGCGCCGGGUCCACGUUAGCCACCUGCUGGCCCACACGCGCUACACCUUUGAGGUGCAGGCCGUCAACGGUGUCUCAGGCAAAAGCCCUUUGCCACCCCGCUAUGCAGCUGUGAAUAUCACCACCAACCAGGCCGCCCCAUCCGAAGUACCUACACUUCACUUGCACAGUAGCUCUGGGAGCAGCCUGACCCUGUCCUGGGCACCCCCAGAGCGGCCUAACGGAGUCAUCUUGGACUAUGAGAUGAAGUACUUUGAGAAGAGUAAAGGCAUUGCCUCCACCGUCACCAGCCAGAAGAACUCCGUGCAGCUCGAUGGGCUACAGCCUGAUGCCCGUUAUGUAGUUCAGGUCCGGGCUCGCACCGUAGCAGGCUAUGGACAAUAUAGCCGCCCGGCUGAGUUUGAGACCACGAGUGAAAGAGGCUCGGGCGCCCAGCAGCUUCAAGAGCAGCUUCCUCUCAUUGUGGGCUCCACUGUAGCAGGCUUCGUCUUCAUGGUGGUCGUCGUGGUCAUCGCUCUUGUCUGUCUCAGGAAGCAGCGCCGCGGCCCUGACGCAGAGUACACGGAGAAGCUGCAGCAGUACAUUGCUCCCGGGAUGAAAGUUUACAUUGAUCCCUUUACCUACGAGGAUCCCAAUGAGGCCGUCCGAGAGUUCGCCAAGGAGAUCGACGUGUCUUGCGUCAAGAUCGAGGAGGUGAUUGGAGCUGGGGAGUUCGGGGAAGUGUGCCGUGGCCGGCUGAAGCUGCCUGGCCGCCGGGAGGUGUUCGUGGCCAUCAAGACGCUGAAGGUGGGGUACACUGAGAGGCAGCGGCGAGACUUCCUAAGCGAGGCUUCCAUCAUGGGUCAGUUUGACCAUCCCAAUAUAAUCCGUCUAGAGGGUGUGGUCACCAAAAGCCGUCCAGUUAUGAUCCUCACUGAGUUCAUGGAGAACUGUGCGCUCGACUCCUUCCUACGGCUCAACGACGGCCAGUUCACAGUCAUCCAGCUUGUGGGCAUGCUGCGCGGCAUUGCUGCUGGCAUGAAGUACUUGUCCGAAAUGAACUACGUGCAUCGUGACCUGGCCGCCCGCAACAUCCUUGUCAACAGCAACCUGGUCUGCAAAGUCUCUGACUUUGGCCUCUCCCGCUUCCUGGAGGAUGACCCCUCAGACCCCACCUACACCAGCUCCCUGGGUGGCAAGAUCCCUAUCCGCUGGACCGCCCCGGAGGCCAUAGCCUAUCGGAAGUUCACCUCUGCCAGCGAUGUCUGGAGCUAUGGAAUUGUCAUGUGGGAGGUCAUGAGCUAUGGAGAGCGGCCCUACUGGGACAUGAGUAACCAGGAUGUCAUCAACGCCGUAGAGCAGGACUAUCGCUUGCCACCCCCCAUGGACUGCCCCACUGCCCUGCACCAGCUCAUGCUGGACUGUUGGGUGCGGGACCGGAACCUCAGGCCCAAGUUCUCCCAGAUCGUCAACACGCUAGACAAGCUCAUCCGCAAUGCUGCCAGCCUCAAGGUCACCGCCAGUGCCCCGUCUGGCCUCUCCCAGCCCCUCCUGGACCGCACAGUCCCAGAUUAUACAACCUUUACAACAGUGGGUGACUGGCUAGACGCAAUCAAGAUGGGGAGGUAUAAGGAGAGCUUUGUCAGUUCCGGCUUCGCAUCCUUCGACCUGGUGGCUCAGAUGACUGCAGAAGAUCUGCUAAGGAUUGGGGUCACUUUGGCUGGCCACCAGAAGAAGAUCCUCAGCAGUAUCCAGGACAUGAGGCUGCAGAUGAACCAGACACUGCCCGUGCAGGAAGUGUGCCCCAAACCUCUUCAUAUUGAAGAUGGAUUAGAAGAGGGGGUGAUGACCCCUCCCCAGAUGCCUCGGGGCCCAGGCCUUCCUGCUCUCCAGCGGGGAAUCUUCACAACUCAGAUUUGCCUGUGCUUCUGCAGUGGAGGUCCUGGUAGGGGUCGGGUGGGGGAAAUCCUGGGGUUCUUCAGGCUCCAGCCCUGGCAGGGGUCUGCCCCCACCAGGUAAGCAGAGAGUACUCCCUCCCCCAGGAAGUGGAGGAGGGGGACUCUGAGAAUGGGGAAACAUGGUGCCCCAUCCUAAAGCCAGCUGGUACCUCCAGUUUGCACAGGGACUUGUUGGGGACUGAGGGCCCUGCCCUACCCCUGCCCUUGGUGCUGUCAUAAAAGGGCAGGCAGGAGCAGGCUGAGGAGCAGCCCUUGCCUCCCAGAGACUGACUCACAGAGCCAGAGACUGCGUGUGCGUGCGUGUGUGCGUGCGUGCGUGUGUAUGUGUGUGU